AUGGUCGUGAAGGAGAAUGGUCAAGUGGCAGACACAUCUAAGCCGAAUGGCACGACGCCUAUCAAAACGGCAAGGAAGCAAGGAUUUGUCCGGUGGACUGCUGGACUCGUCGUGAGACUCUGUAUAUGGUACGCGCUGGUUUCACCGUUCUUCCAAUGCCCCUCCAAUCUUGCAGGUCUUACGCAGGAGUCUCCGCGAGUCUGCAAGCCUUAUCUGAUUGCGCGAUCACACGUCGAGCCAUACAUCACACCUUACUAUGAUGUUUAUGCUGCGCCUUACGUCGAUCAAGCCCGCCCGUACGUGGAGGUCUUCAAUCACCGUGUCUACACUCCAGCAUCAAAAGUUGCUAAAUCGGGAUACGAGAAGUAUGGUGCCCCAGCUUUGGAGCAGGCUCGGGUAUAUGGGGCUCAACAGUGGGAUGUUCAAGUUACACCGCGGCUGCAGACAGCUCAAGACCAAGCGUACCAGCUCUAUCUGACUGAAGUUGACCCAUAUAUUCAACGGGGUGUUGCUGUUGUAUCGCCAUAUUAUCAAAAAGCCAACACUGCUGCACUUACUGUGUACUGGGGCCAUCUGGUGCCUUUCUACACACAGUCCAAGCCUUUCAUCGGAAAGGCUUACUCGACAAGUCAUGGUGUGCUCACAACCCACGUAAUGCCUGGUGCCCAAUAUACCUGGUCAUCCGUGAUCUAUUUCGCCAACAGCUCGCUAUGGCCGCAUGUGACCGGUCUUUACUCGGAACAAGUUGAGCCACAGCUAGUGAAGAUUGGCCAACGCCUGGCGAGUUACAGAGAGGGCAAGCGACUUCGUGCCGUUGUUGAAGAGUCAGACAGCAGCUCCACUGUGCAACCUGCCACUACCUCGGUAAUCAAAUCAGAAGAAACGCAGGCCACAAGCACCGUGACGUCCACAUCUACCACCGAAGCACCUGCCAAACCCACCCUGUCUCCUACCGAGCAAGCACAGCAAGCGCGUGAAAAGAUCGACUCCGACCUUGAGCGGUGGCAGAAGAAGUUCUCUCUCGCCGCUGACAGGGGCGUUGAGGAUCUCGAAGAACGUAUUGUGGAUAUCGUCUCUGCCCUGGUUGCAAGCAGUGCAAACAGCCACGGCAAGAGCCUCGCGACCGCACUACAAUCAGUUUCCUCCGAACAAAUUUCCUCAACCAGGCACCGUAUCAACGAGCUUGCGGAGUCAAUGCCAGAUGAAGAUGCUCCCCUGAUCGAAGAGUCCACAUCCAGUCUGUUUGUCCAAGAGGUCAGGAACUCUGCAAUCUCUGUGAGAGAUCGUGCUCACGCUUUGCGGGAAUGGUCUGCCUCCUUUGAGGACGAGCUUGUUCGCCGUGUCACGGCGGCGGUGGACUCCACCUUGGAUGUUCUCGACAGCAUUCGUGAUUUAGGAUUGCAGGAAAUUGGCAUGCGCUGGGCCUGGAACGACGGCGUCACGUACAAAGACUGGGCCAAGUACCACGCUCUCAAGGCUCAACUUGAAGAAUGGCGCAAUGAUAUUCGUGAAGUCGGAGUUAACCACAGCUCUGUGUCAGAAGCCCGGGCUGUGGCAAAUGAUAUUUUGGACAGUGGUAUGCACGAUGCUGAAGAAGCCGCCAAGGAGCUUGUUCGAUUGAAGAACGUCGGUGUCUGGAAGAUUGCUGCUCGUGAAGUGAGCGACAACUUUGAAACAAGAACUGGCGAACCGCCCAGACCUCAGCCCCAUGUUGAAGAUGAGGAAACUGAAACGGAGACCGAAUCUGAUGUUGAACACCUGGAGACAGUCUCGGAAUCACAAGCAGCGGCCACCUCUGAGGCCUUGGAAUCUUCCGAAGAGACUCCCAGUCCUGGUGCAUCCAGUGGUGCCGAUACCGAUGAGCAUGAUAAUGCCAACGACGAGUCAUCCAUGGCGGAUGACAUCGUUGUGGAAGAAGAGCCCUCUGCGAGACCUGCAUUUGGCGUCGCAGCCGCCGAAUUGAACACUCCUCAAAUACCUAUUCUUGAAGGUGAUGACGAAGAAGAUGCUUUCCAUCAUCUGGCGAGCAAAGCCGGUGAUACUUACGCCGAAGCAAGCAACGCCGUCAGUGAGGCCAUCUAUGGUGCAUCACCAACCCCUGGCGUUGGCGAGCAGGCAGCAUCCUUGGUUGGUGAUCAGUACGCCCAUGCCCUUUCCGCUGCAUCCACCGCUCUCUACGGCACUUCUUUGGGCUCCGGUGAAAAGGUGUCGAGUGCUGCUUAUGAGAAAUACACUGAAGCCGUUGCCGCUGCCUCCUCGGUCAUUUACGGUACCCCAACUCCAGUCGUACAGUCUUUAGCUAGUGAAGCUAGCUCAACAUUCGCCGACUCCACUGCACAAGCUAAAAUCCUCUAUGAUAUUGCCAAAUCUCAAAUCCUUGGUCAAAUGUCACAAUCGAGUGCUCCUGCUCAUGUCCAGCUUUUGGCUUCCAUUGAGUCGGCCUAUUCUGGAUCCCUCCAGUACGCCACUGAGAAGUUGGAAUCGAAUCUCAACGCUGUCCGAGCUACCCCAGCUCCGUCGGCCGCUGCUGCUUUGGCACAGAUAUCUUCUAUCGCCUCCUCUCGACUCAAUCAAGGCCUCAGCCUAGCAUCUGAGCAGCUUGCCCAGGUGCAACAAACGGCAACGGCAACCAGCCCAUCGGGCCUCGAGCCAUUCGUUCUUGAUGCACGGCGCCGUUACUACGAGGCCAUUGGUCUGGCUCAUGACCACUACACUGCCUUUGUCUCAACGGCAUCUGAUGCAGUUUACGGCUCACCAACUCCAACCCCAGCUCCUGGAAGCUUCAAGGGGAUCGUCCAAGAAGCCGGCUCGCAGUAUGAGCACGCUUCCUCGUUGGCUUCGGCCAGCCUUGCCGCGGUCGUUGCAUCAGCCAGCUCAGUCAUCUCCUCUGCGGACGAUGGAAAAGCUCAAAGCAUUAUUGAUGAUGCUUCAUCCAAGUACAAUGCUGCCAUCUCCGCAGCUUCUGCUUCACUCUCCCUGGCCUCCGUGUCAGCGAGCUCUGCUGUAUAUGGCACUUCAACCGGCCCAGUUGAAUCCUUGUCCAGUCAGGCAUCCGAAAACUGGGAAGCUCUUGUUUCCAAAGCCAGUGAACAGAUAUACGGUGCACCCACGCCUUUUGCGCAACAAGUGAUCAACAACGGGGCCGCUCAGUUCGAAGCAGUUCAGGGUAUUGUAUCUGAACUGAUUGCGGGCAAGCAGCCAUCUUUCACAGAAAGUGUACUCAGCAAGCUCUACGCCGCAUACGAAACACCUUACCCAGCUGCUGCGGUGUCCUCCGCCUCUAGCUACAUCAGUGAGGGGUAUGAAGCCGCAUCAUCCGCGGCCGCGGCAGUUGCUUCCGAAAUCCCGAGAGUGGAAGAUGUCAUGCAGCAAGCCAAUGAUCAGCUUCACGCCGCUGUUGAGGCUGCUCAGGUUGGUAUAUACGGAGCUCCCAAGGGCUCUUACGAGCAAGUCACAGACGCCGCGGCUGAGGCUUACUCAACAGCAGCUGCUCAAGUCAGCAGCGCUGUGUAUGGCAAGGAGUCUGGCUACAUUGAUAUUGCCACAGACGCCAUUGAGGAUAUUCAAUCGAAGGCCAGUGCUGCCAUCUACGGCGAGGAGCCAAACGCAGUGGAGAGUGCCACAUCCCGUCUUGCUGGCGCCGUUGAGAGUGCCAAAUCGCAGUUGGCCGAGCUGGCCUCUAGUGCCAGCAGCGUUGCAUCCGUUGCUGUUGAAACAGCCGCGACCCACGUGGACGACGCCACUAGCAGCGCGAAGAGUGCUGCUUCUUCGUACAGAGAUGAGUUAUGA